AUAUAUGAAUCAAAAGGAAGGAUUGUCAGUAUCAUUAUAAAAAUUUCAUCGAAAAAGCGCAUAAUCAACUUCAGAUGAUUCUUAGAUAGCUCUACCUGAAUUAAAAGGUAGGAGUUUGAAAAGUGCUACAACAAAGCCCCAUAAUAAUAUACCAAUGCAGACGCCUUUAAGAUAUUAUAUAAAUGAGAGUGUUAAAUAAAGAGUAAAAGUUAUACGAUAAUAAGAAAAGAAGUGAAAAUCAUUCAGAGUUCACAUAUAUUGAAACCUAUUUAGAAGCAUUGUAAAGAUAUGCUUAAGAAGAGAAAAAGAAGAAACAAAUUCAAACCUUGUAAAUAAAUAGUUUUCCAAUAUUACCUGGUUAAGUAAUGAGACAGAGGAUAAAAAAAUAUGCAGAAAUAUAAUAGAGAGAAGUCACAAGUAAAAAAAAUUUUAAUAUAAGAGUAUUUUGUAAGAAAAGAAUAAUAGCCAAAAUAACCUAUUUCAACAGCAGGAUUAAGUAUAAUGAGUUAAAAAAGCAUCGUUAGUUAAGGAAGUAAAAGUGAUGUUCUGUCAAUUUCAUUACCUAUUAGUUCUAAAAUAAAACACAAAGUUAGUUCUAAGAAAUGGGCUAUUUUUAAAAGGAAUAAAGGUGAAACAAAGUUUUAAAAAAUAUAUUCAUAUUAAGAUCAAUAAAAAAGUGAAGUAGCAUCAAUUACAAAAGUAAUGACUUGUUAUACAACUUUGAAAUUUUUAGAAGAAAAACGAAUUGAUAUGGAAUCUAUAAGAAUUAAAAUUCCUGGACAUGCUGAAUGUAUAGAUGGUACUAGCGCUUUUCUUAAUGCAGGAGGAAUAAUGAAUGUAAAAUAAUUAUUAUUUGCAAUGAUGUUGCCAUCAGGAAAUGAUGCAGCAUUAGUUUUAAGUUAUUCAAUAGCAUUUUUAAAAACUUGUGAUAAUAUUCAAAGAUAUUGUAAUGGACAUUAUAUAGAUUGUGAAUUAGAAAUUGAAAAAAAUAAAUUUUAAUUAAGAGCUUAAUUCUUAUAGAUGAUGAAUAAUCAUGCAGAUAUUUUGAAAAUGGAUAAAACUAAUUAUAAUUCUGUUCAUGGAUUAAAUGAUACUUUGAAUGUCUCUUGUGCAUUAGAUAUCUAUAAAUUAGUUGAAGAAUGUAUUAAAAUAUAAGAAUUUAUGGAAAUAGUUAAUACAAGAUGUUUUAAAACUUAUGCAAUUACUGAUUAAGGAAAAUAAGGAACUUAUUAUAAAUGGAAAAAUACUAAUAAAUUGUUAAAAAAAGAAGGAUGGGAAGGUAUUAAAACUGGAAUUACAUCAAAUGCUGGUCCAUGUUUUAGUGGAUACUAUAAGACUGAUGAUUUUGAUGCAAUUGUAAUAGUUUUACAAAGUUCAAAUAUGCUUUAAAGAUUUAAAGAUGCUGAAAUUCUAAUAAAGUUAUUGUGAAAC